GCCGCUCGGAGGAGUCUGACCAAUCAUUUGGCGGCGGCAGCAGCAAGUGACACGUGGGCAGCCCAAGUGCUGCCGAGUUGGAGCAAGUUGUGAUGGGGAGAAGCUCGUGGAUCGCUCAAUGAAUUUGCUGAAGGCGAGUGGGAUGGACAAUGGCCAUUUCUGGGCCUCUCACUAAUUACUUUGUGGAGUCAAUAAUCAGCCCCGAGACUGACGAGACUCCAGCAGCCAAAUUCUCGGCACAAUUCCCCAACCCUCGGGCCCCUGCCCAAUCUGAACCCCUGGACUUUCCCUCCUGCAGUUUCAGCGCCUCCUGGAACCCCCUGAACCCCUCAGUCUAUCAGCCCUAUAUCCAACAGCAGCAGCAGGGCGCCCCCAGUGCCGAGGGCAGGUACUUACGGGCUUGGCUGGAGAAUGGACCGAGUGUCAAGUCUGAGCCGCUGCUGGGGCCCCCGGGGGACCUGGACAAACUGGGACCCCAACAUUACACUGUGGCCUCGCCCGGCGGCGCUGCUGCAACACAAGAUUCCAACCAAAGGGCCGACUUCCCGGACAAUAAAGUGUGUGAAGCCAACGCCGGGGACAAAGACCGGACGCAUCAAAACAACCCCUCAGCCAAUUGGUUACACGCUCGCUCCUCCAGAAAGAAGAGGUGCCCCUACUCCAAAUACCAGACCCUGGAGCUGGAGAAGGAAUUCCUGUUUAACAUGUACCUGACCAGGGACAGGAGGCACGAGGUCGCCAGGCUGUUGAACCUGAGCGAGAGACAAGUCAAAAUCUGGUUCCAGAACCGAAGGAUGAAGAUGAAGAAACUAAACAAAGAUCAGAGCAAAGAUUAACCCUCCCUGCUCCUUAUUUAUAGUUCCAGCUGAAGGUGAAUAGGACUGGGCUACGAUAAAGGGUUAAUAACACUACCUGCAGCCUCUUAUUUCCAGUCAUGUAUUUGUGUUGCCUUUGCAGUUUUAGGAAAGGACUUGCACAAACCUUCUUGCAUGAUCCCCUCCAUCACACAUAUACCCACAUGUCAUCAAUAUCCCCAGAAAUCGACUUCAUCCCAACCUCAUCUCCUUAUUAUUAAUAUUAUUAUUAUUAUUAUUAUUAUUAAAGGGCCUUGAGACCAGCAGACUCCCAUUUUUAUACUGAGCUUGAAUAUUAUAAGAGAUUAAAUUAGAAGCACAAAGAAAUUCCCCUCGCUUUGCUAAAUUAGUUUUGUAGAGACCAAGUGAUGACAUUAAAAAUCAUUUUUUUAGCAAAAAAAAAGAAAUAAAUAAAAACAGUAGAAGAGUGUGGGGCAAAAAAAAACUGAAUGUAUCCCUAGAAGUAGAUAUUUAUAAUUUAUUGUGAAUUUUACCUUUUUUACAAGAUGUAGACAAUGUGUUCCUUGUGACAAGUGAUUGUAUAUUUUGUACUUUACUGUUGGAGGCUUUAAUACUUGAAAUAUUUGUGUGUGUGUAAAUGUAGUUAUAAAGGGUUCAGUGAUGUUAUUUGUUUUAUUUUAUUUCCAUGGUUAUUAAAUUAGUGACUUUAAUUA